UUGCAAUGUUUCCCGAUAACCACGCAAACAUCAAAUUGUACUGUCGACUUGGUUAAACGGGUUGAGUCUCAACCCGCUUUGUUACACAUGACAUCUGAAGCUUCCAAAAUGCAAGCCAACAGCCGUCACAGCCAGUCUUAUGGCCUUCCUGGUGACGAUGACUCUGUUUGCAGGCUGCUCUUUACUUCCAAGAAGGAGGACGCGAGGGCGCCAACGCAGCCGGCGACGCGCAAGAGGAAGACACCGGCGUCAGGCGGGGAGCAGCCCUCACCAGCAAAGCGACCGCGCACAACGAUCUCGGAGUGGCUGGCCCGCCGCAGGAAGAGUAUGCUGAGGUUCGAGCCGGAGGAAACCCAGGUAUGGGUGGAGACCAUAGAGCUAUGCAAGUCGAAAGGUCUGCUCAGACCGAACUCGCGGCAGUCGGGCUCCGUCUGGGAGAAGCUCAUCGAGGAGUUUACCCGGAUAUUCCCGGAGAAGAAGUGGACGAGAGAGGAGAUUGAGAUAAGGAUGGCGAAUGAGAAGAGGAAGUGUGAUGCAUUCCUCGACGCCCUGGCCGAUUUGGGCCCGUCGUCCGACGAGGGGACUGAUGACAUGGCCGAGGACGCCGAGCAGGACUCUGGCGUGAUCGUCAAACACUAUCCCGAUGCCCUGCGGCCUCAGAAUAAACGGCUGGGCGACCCUCCUGAGGACAUGCUUCCGCAAGACAUGGCUACUGACUACGGGGACACUCUUCGCAACCUAGCACCCUCCACGAGUCCCAUGACUGCUGCAGCCCUGUUCUCAAAGGUUCCAGGGUAUAACGAUUUGACAUUGGCGUCAAUGGACCUGCAGGCUCGCUAUGGAGGAAGAGACGGUCAGCCGGGCCAGUACAGCAAUUUCGUGCUCUCAUUUUGUCUGUUCAAGCUCAAGGAGACUUUCCUGUCCCCUGUAAUAUGGAACGGUCUAACUGAAGACCGCAAGAACGCGUGGAUGAAAAUUUGGGCCCGUGAAGCCGCUGAAGCAGAAAGAGCCUUUUUCAUGAUCAUGUCGAAGUCGAGCUAACCCUGAGAAUUUGCAACAAGCAGUCAUUUAGCGAAUGGCCACGUGAUAGAAUGACGUUUGAGA